GGCACCGCGGGGCGGGGCUACCUACGGGCUGGGGUCGCACGCUGCGGCCUGCGGUGGUGGUGUGGGCCCUACCGGGAUGGGCCGCGCCUGGCAGGCGCUGCGGGCACUGCGCCUGCGGCUCCUGGGGCCAGCGAAGGAGCUGGUGGGCACCGACCAGUUCGGCAACAAGUACUACCGCGUGCCUCAGCACCAGACCGGCGCAGGGCAAAUUAAACCUGAAAGAAGGUUCGUAGAAGCAGUAAAUCGGCAAGCAUAUCAGUAUGAGAUGGGUGACUUUCCAACAGAAUGGGAAGCUUGGAUAAGAAAAAAAAGAAAGGAUCCACCCACCAUUGAGGAGAUUCUUAAGAAUGAGAAUUACAGACAAGAAAUGAAACAGAAAGUCAAAGAAAUGUAUGAAAAGGAUAAGCUCCUUCAGACCAAGGAAUACAAGGAGGGACUUGUUGCUGAACCAAUUCAUACUCAGGUUAAAGGCCACGCGUCAGCUCCCUACUAUGGAAAGAAAGAGCCAUCCCAAGACCCGACAAGCACUGCUAGUACCUUCCAGCCAGGUUCCUGGAUGCCACCAGGAAGUGACAGUAGUAAAAAGAAAUAACCAGCUUAAUUGUACAGAUAUUGCCAAUGGAUAAUGCUUUAAUAGGCAACAUAAACAGCUGUUGUAUAUAUUGAGUGCACAAUAAAGUAGUAUUAAAUCUGA